AUGGCCGCCCCCCCCUCCCAUCUCGCCGGGCUCCCAGGCUCUCCCGGGCCUGGGUCUCCUCCGCCGCCCGGCGGCUUGGAGUUGCAGUCGCCGCCACCGCAGCUGGCCCAGAUCCCAGCUCCGAGCUCCGGGGUCUCCUUCCACAUCCAGAUCGGGCUGACCCGCGAGUUUGUGCUGCUGCCCACCGCCUCCGAGCUGGCCCAUGUGAAGCAGCUGGCUUGCUCCAUCGUGGACCAGAAGGUGUGUGCCUCGGUGGUGAAACUGGGAUUUGAACCCAGCCUCGGCUGCCCGGGCUCAACCUUCCGCCUCCCCCUGCUGCCUGCAGCUUCGGCCACCUUCGAGGACUUCCAGAUCCGCCCCCACGCCCUCACCGUUCACUCCUACCGAGCGCCUGCCUUCUGCGAUCACUGCGGGGAGAUGCUCUUCGGCCUUGUGCGCCAGGGCCUCAAGUGCGAUGGCUGCGGACUGAACUACCACAAGCGCUGCGCCUUCAGCAUCCCCAACAACUGCAGCGGGGCCCGCAAGCGCCGCCUGUCGUCCACGUCUCUGGCCAGUGGCCAUUCCGUGCGCCUCAGCACCUCUGAGUCCCUGCCCUGCAUGGCCGAUGAGCUGAGCCGGAGUACCACCGAGCUCCUGCCUCGCCGGCCCCCGUCCUCCUCCUCCUCCUCUUCUGCCUCCUCCUACACGGGACGCCCGAUCGAGCUAGACAAGAUGCUGCUCUCCAAGGUCAAGGUGCCGCACACAUUCCUCAUCCACAGCUACACCCGGCCCACCGUCUGCCAGGCUUGCAAGAAGCUCCUCAAAGGCCUCUUUCGCCAGGGCCUGCAGUGCAAAGACUGCAAGUUUAACUGUCACAAACGCUGCGCCACCCGCGUCCCGAACGACUGUUUGGGGGAGGCACUCAUCAACGGAGAUGUGCCGAUGGACGAGGCCACCGACUACAGCGAGGCUGACAAGAGCUCCCUCAUGGAUGAAUCCGACGACUCCGGGGUCAUCCCGGGCUCCCACUCGGAAAAUGCCCUCCACGCCAGCGAAGAGGAGGAAGGCGAGGGAGGCGAGGCCCAGAGGUACCCAGCGCACCCUCGGGGGAAGAGGAAGCGGCAUUAUUGGCGUCUGGACUGCAAGUGCAUCACGCUCUUCCAGAACAACACGACCAACAGAUACUACAAGGAAAUUCCACUGUCAGAAAUCCUCACCGUGGAGCCCGCCCAGAACUUCAGCCUUGUGCCACCGGGCACCAACCCCCACUGCUUCGAGAUUGUCACUGCCAAUGUCACCUACUUUGUUGGCGAGACGCCCAGUGGGGCCCCAGGGGGCCCCAGUGGGCAGGGGGCUGAGGCCGCCCGGGGCUGGGAAACGGCCAUCCGCCAGGCCUUGAUGCCCGUCAUCCUCCAGGAUGCGCCCAGCACCCCGGGCCACACACCCCACAACUAUUUAAUUCAUGAAUUUGCUGAGUGUCUUCUCUGUGCCCAUCCUGUGCUGGACAGUACUGGGGACAUAGCUGUGACCAAAACAGCCCAGGGCCUGCCCUCACCUGCUCAGAGUCCAAUCCUGGUGGCCUUGAGACACCUUCACUUCAAGAACAUCGUCCACUGUGAUUUGAAACCAGAAAACGUGUUGCUGGCAUCCGCUGACCCAUUUCCUCAGUAUCUUAGCCCCGCCGUAGGCGCGUCCCCACACCUGGCUGGGGCCCCAAAGUUACAAGCCUCCUGGGGCCCAAGUCACAAGACCAAGUGUCACUACCCGGCCACAACGCUGAAGCCCCCGAAUCCCACUGUCCGUCUCAGGCCUGGCUCCCCUCACUAUGCGCCCCCCAUUCCCACCCGCUUCUAG